UUUUAUUUAUAUUUAUAAAAAUUUAUUAUAUUACUUCACUAUAAUUUAAAAAUUCUAAUUUAAGUCCUAUUUUAACAAAACUAUUUAUUUUAAUAAAUUUUACUUUUUUUAUAUUAUUUUUUUAAUUAAAUGUAAUAUUUUUAAGUUUUUUAUUGAAUAUAUUUCCAUAUUUUUUGCUGAUAAAUUAUUGGUUACUCAAUGGAUGAUUUAGGUUCAUCAGAAACCUUACGAAUAGCAUUACAAACUUUAGCAGAACGUUGUGAGAGAUUACAAAUGAGGUUGGAUGUUGUAGAAAAAGAAAAUGUAGCAAUAAAGAGUAAUUGUAGUUGUAAGAAUGAAGCUAAUUCUAAGAAACAAAAUGAUACUCGAGAACUAUCUUGUAAGAAAGAUCAAUUAGUUGAAUACUUAAAAAUAGUAACAAAUGAAAACCGUAAAUUAUGGACAAAGUUAUCUUCUUUGGAAAAUUCUGCUCAUUUAAGUGAUAUGACGAAACCUAAAAUGUCAUUAGAUUUGAUGGAUAACUACUUAAAAUAUGAUGAAAGCAAUGUUGAAUUGAAUCCUAAUUGCAUAAUGGUAGCAGAUGAAGAAUUUACCAGCAUAAAAUAUGAUUCUGUCGAUGAGUCUUGGCCCUUGUUAUUAUCAGAAUUAAAUGCUUACAAAGAGAAAUUAACAGUAGCUAAACAUUUACUUGCUGAUCAAAACAACUUAAUUGUCAACUUAUCAGCAAAGUACAAUAUACUUAUGGAAGAUAUAAAAGCUGUAAAACCAACUAUUGAGUUUCGUGAUGCAGAAACAUUAACUUCUACUUUAGACUCAUGUCAGCCUGGUAAAUGUACAAUGCUUAAUAAAUCAAACAACCAAAGUAUAUGUCCACUUUGCAAUCUAUACAUUGUAGAAACAGAAGAGAGUAAAAUGUUUGAAAAAUUAGUAGAACAUGUAAGCAGUCAUUUUCCUGAAGAAGAACCUGAAACUAUUAUUGAUAGUUUGUCGGGACAUUAUUAAUAUAUUUAAUCAAUAAUUUCAUAGAAAUUUUUAAAACAAAUUUAUUUAUUUUCUACUAUGUAAAUAUAUUUUAAUUAUAACUAAUGUUAUAGUAAAAAAGGUAUUUUUCAGUUGCAUUGCUA